UGGGGUGAUGGAGAACAUGCUGGAUAGUACCACGUGUUAAUAGUUAGUUCAUGCAGCGGUGUGUUUGAGGUGCCAUGGAUCAAAGGACGUGGUGGGAACGACCCGGCAUGAUCGUGUCUUAAAUGGGCAAGGAGGCGAUCUGUUUCAGGGUGUUACAACGGUGGUUAGAAUCCUCGUGUGUGUGUGUGUGUGUGUGUGUGUGUGUGUGUCAUAUAUUAUCUCGGUUCGUAUUUUGAAUGACAGAAAAACUAAGUGCUUUGAUCGCUCAAGGAUCGAAAGUUUUUUGAUUUCCAAAAAAACAAAGUUUUUGACUGUCAAAGGAUCAAAAGAGGAAAAUGGCUUAAUGAGCAAAACAAGCAAACAAACCGAUAGAUAUAGAGAUGAAAGAAAACAGAGAGAUGGAUAAACAGAUGUAGAUCAGUACUUCUUGAAAUUUUCGGCCAAAAUUUCAACUCCAUUGAAAUUUGAUACUUCUUCAAUAUUAGCCCACUUCUGUCAAGCUUCAUUAUCCGGAAUAAAAAAGGUCGAUGCUGCCCACAGGAAGAUGGUGCCACAGAGAGGCUUGCAUGCAGUGUGUGAGUCGACACAUGGUUUGCGGACAACAACAUGAAAGAGGAGGCGGUUAUGAGCAGGAGUAGAUGGGCAAUGCACAUCGGGAGGUUAAGGCGGCCAGCACUGAGAGUGGGGGCCUGGAUGGGCUUGCAAAGAAGGAUGGUCUUGCGGGAGGAGGCGGAGAGCCGCUGUUCAUCAGGGUGGAGGACGCGCUCCGCCACCAGGCCGCUGGAACCAAAGGAUGGAAGGGUGCUGGACCUACUACAGAGUCCAUCUCUGUCUCGCCGUCGCAAGGAGGGAGGCGCCUCUUUAUUGAGGAGAAUGGAAUAUUUCCUUUCUGUCGAACCAUCCAAAACGUUAACUCGAGGGAGACGCAGGAUAACUGUAACUGCCACAUCAAGACACACUGUGAUGGAAUUGCUGCUGUCAAGAAGAGAGGUGGAGGCGUUCAGCUAGUUCAUCCCCUGACCGACUUGGGGGUGUGGGUGAGUGAUAACGGGCACAGAAGACCAAUCUCCAGCGCCAGUAAGAAAUUUGUUACCCAAUCCUACAAUACUGCCCACCAGGUGGAUCUUGCCUUGAUUCACAGCUUCCGCAAAGUCUCAAACAUCAGUGCAGGGGACUUUACCUCAAUUACUUUUGGACUGGAAGACCUUGAUGAUGCAGAGGAAGACCUUCAGAUCCAGCGCAGCACACUGUCACUCCCUGGCACUCGGGUGGUCGACCUUGAUGCAAAAACACUGCGGCCGUUCACGUCUCCUGCACUCAGUGGGAACUCUCUCUUCGUGACGUCCCAGUCCCUUUGUGGUCCCCUCACUCCACGUCUCGAAGAAAUAGUCCUCGACAGUGACUCCGUCUUAGACCUCAGCCACAACCUCGAGUCGUGGAUGUCUCUCCUUCCCGAGCCCCUCCAGCACCUGCCUCUCAACUACCUCUACAUCCCAGGUUCUCACGACUCCUUCAGCUACAGCCUCGACCCUGGGGGGGAGGUGGGCCCCGACACGCCCGGAGUGGUGCAGUGGCUGGUGCGGCUGAUGCCUUGCCUUGGCCGCUCCGCCCUCCUCCGCUGGUCCGUCACGCAGCGGGCAACCCUCACCGAGCAGCUCCUUCACGGCGUGCGGUACUUCGACAUACGAGUGGCAACGAAGGAGUCGAAGUUCUAUUUCGUCCACGGCCUCUUCGGCUCCGACCUGCGGCCCCUCCUGUCUGAAGUGCGCCUCUUCCUGGCCCAGCACCCCGGCGAGGUAGUGAUGCUCGACUUUCAACACUUCCACGGCUUAUCGGAGCAAGACCACGCCGCCCUCGUUGCCCUCCUGAAAUCUACGUUUGCCACUACACUGUGUCCGAUGUUCAAUCAUCCACGUAACCUUACCCUCGACCUCCUGGCUCGACUCAAGUAUCAGGUUCUGGUGUUCUACCGCCACCGCGGCGAGAGGAAGGACGUCCAGUGGCUGUGGCCGACGGAGUCCUUGCCCAACCCCUGGCCCUCCGCCACCACUGUGUCAGCCAUGUUCGCCUUCCUGCAAGGCAGACUGGCCGCACGCGACCCUCAAACCUUCUUCGUCACUCAGUGUGUUUUGACCCCGUCGGGGAGUUACCUGGCCAGGAAGAUGUGCAGCACGUUGGAAUCUAGUAUGGCUGCUCCUACCAACGAGAUGUUGCCCGCGUGGCUGGAGGGGCUGCCCAGUGGAUCGCCGGGAGGCAACGUGGUCAUGACCGACUUUGUGGACCACAAUUCUUGGGAGGUGCCUCGAGCUGUCAUCGACAAGAACAUGGACACGAUCGCGCCGCCUCCCGGGCCACUAGAAGCAUAAUAAUCUCGCGGUGACGUUACCGCCAAAGAGUAGCAGCAAGGCUCAGCAGGUUGUGUGAGGUGACGCUGAAUCGGCAGGAUGCAAUGAUUACCUGUCAAAACAGUUAUUAGUAAUGCCUCUAAGUAACAUCUAGUAGGUGGAUUUACCAGAGAAAAAAUGUUAAUAUAUGUAUCUAGCCUCAGCCUCGCGUGGGGAAGGACGGGGAGGUAAUUUAACAUGCUGAUAAUCCAUCACAGACUUAAGUGUUAAUAAGAAAAAUUCCCGGGAAAGCUAUAGAUUUUGUCGCAUGCAGCGCCCCCAAAAUCUGAUCAAAUACUUAUGCUAGUAUGAAAAAAAAAAAAAAAUGUUUUUAGGUGUUUUGUACCUUUAGACAAAGUCUGAAGAUAUAUCAUGCACUGCGUGGUAUGGUGGAACCCACGAACACCUGAGAAACACAUCGUUAAGAUGCCAAUUUCAUUCACUAUUUAUCACACAACAGUAUGCAACCCUUGAUUGGAGUUUGUACCUGUGAAAGUUGUUAGGGCUGCUUUCACAGUCACUUUGUUUUGAUCGUUACCAAUGGCGGCGAUCGACCCUACUGUUUUCCACGUGAAACUGGCCUUUGGGGUAGUGGCAGCUGCAGAGGAAGCGAGAGGUGUUGAGAGUGUGAGGUAAGGUGCGGGGCUAGGCUAACCCCGCAGCCGCCACUACCCCAUCGGCCAGUUUUACGUGGAAAUACUAUAGCGGCGAUCACUGCCAUUGGUAACGAUCAAAACAAACAAAACGACUGUGAAAGCGGCUCCUAUAGACUAUACAAGUAGAGAAACCUCUACUAGAGGGAGACAUCGCCCUGUAAAGUACGUGUGUUCUCAUCAUUAUCACAUUGUGACUGCUUUCUCUGUGUAAUAGCAUGUUAUUCUAGUAAACAUUAAUUUUGUUGCCGCGUCAGAGCCACGCCUCCUCUCGUGCCAAACCCAAGUACAACAUUCUGAUUACUCCUCGAGGCUUUAUUUAUUUAUUCAUAUUUGCAUAUUGUCCCAGACAUAGCUGUUAAUAAGUAGGUAGAGUCUUUUUCUCCCGUAGCAUAUUCCUACACGCUCGAGAGCUCGAGAGGAAAGAUUCCAGCCUGGAAGCCUACUGAGCUUGCGCCCUGUGCGCCACCUAUGGGCUGGUCUGUUACUCUUCAGCUGAAACACGUAAAACAAAUAAAUAAAUAGGUAUCAAGAGAUAUGAACAUUGAUUCAAAUAUAAAAGAAAAGAAAGAAAAAAAGACCGAAAAGGUCCUUGAACGCUUCAGCAGCAGCAGCAGCAGCAGGGCGGCCACCCCAGCAGGCCAGGCAGCGGCAGUGAAUGUCUACAGUACAGUGUGGUCAGCGGUGUCCAGGGAGUUGUGUUUCAUCUCCGGAAAGCUGAAUUAAACUGCUUUGCGCGUUAUGUGAUUGUUAGGAAACGUCCAAGAAGAGGAAGAGCAAAAAUUUAGACCGCCACGACAGGGUGAGGCUUGGGCCGUGGACCAGGUGAGGGGUGGAGGGCGCAGUGUGGUUGAAUAUCAAAUUUUGUAGUAGAAGCCUAGUAGUGGAAACCUUUAGUGGUGUGGUGCAGUGUUAAUCUGUGAUACGGUGGGUACAAAGCGUGAGGAUAUCCCGCCAAAAUGUUGUGUUUACGUGUGACAGCUGAUGAGGAAUGGCGGGCCAGGCGAGUGGUUGGUCACCCUGAGCAAGCGUGGCGCCGCGCCUCGCCGUGUGAACUAUAAUGUGUCACUUUCACAGUUCGCCAUGAUGGGUUAGUAAGCCUCCGAACCAAACUAUUUAAUCUUCUACACUCCAUUAUGGUUAGGCUAUCAUGCAACACAAGAUACACAAGAGAUUUCCCGUAUAGCUUCCUGAAAUUUGUUAACUAUCAUCACCAAACACUACACAAGGAAUUUUCGAAUUUCCCGUAUAGCUUCCUGAAAUUUGUUAACUUAAAUAUCAUCACCAAACACU